UAUAGUAGAAGGGGAAAAUGUGGUACAUUUUUUUUAAUUAUCAGUUUUAUAACAUCCAAUAAAAACUACGAGUGAUUCGCGACUCGCGAGCGUCAUCAUCGUGUGGUUUUGAGGGUGCCCUUUAAGACUCGUGUCAAUAAUUAAAUCAUCAACAAAAACAACAGGAAAAUGUGUCUUAUAUAAGAAAAUCACAAUAUUUCCCAAUUUUGCGUCCUUUUGAGGUUAAAGUCCGAUUUUCUCGAAUUUUUUAGGCAAAUGAAGAUGAAAGUGCAAAUUAACAAGGCUCUUGUGCCUAUGAAGGCCCAUUAUUUUCUGUUUAAUGCAGGUACUGGGCCAGUAGUACCUUACCUCACAGUAUAUGCAAGACAAUUAGGGUUUUCUAGUGUAGUUGUAGGAUUGGUUUACACAAUCCUUCCAGUAUGUGGAAUGAUUGCCAAACCCGUCUUUGGGGCCAUAGCUGAUAGAUUUAAAUGCCAAAAAAUCCUCUUUUUAAUAGCGCAGCUUCUUACCGCAGCAGCAUUUUUAGCAUUAUUUUUUAGUACAAGGUCGCCGCUAGAGGCACAAGUUUCAUUAAAUUGUGCACAUAAUCAGUUAACUAUCCAGAAUCUAGAUGAUACAACAGUAGAUAGUAAAUUAUUGGCAAAAAUUCAGAGUAAACAACAAUCUACCACUUGUGAGCUUACAUGCCAAAUGACAGCAAAAGAUCUAACCACUUUAUGUCAUGAGUGGAAACUUAUGCAAUAUUGUGAUAAAAGUUCAGAUGACCUUGUUCCUCGCUUAGUUUAUUUUUCUUCCCAAGUGCCUUUACACCAAACCAUUUUUUUAAGAAAGCAAUUCAAUGUUGCUAAAAAUGUUUCCGAGGGCAAUAUUGGCUUCAAAGUAGAAUCCAUACGACAGAAUGAACAGGUGCUAAGUCCAAAUUGUUCUGGUUCAACGACUUUAAAAAGUACUUGUAACAUGGGAUGUAAUGAUACAGAUGUUAAUGCUUUACUGCUUAACGCUGAGAUUCCUGAUAAUGUUUUAUAUGGUACCUACCAAUUUUGGGCCUUCCUCCUUCUGAUGAUCACUGCCUGGGUUGGUCAAGCUAUAGCUGUCAGUAUAGGUGAUACAAUUUGUUUUGAAAUGCUAGGUGAUAAACCAAAUAGAUAUGGUUACCAAAGGAUGUUCGGUGCUCUCGGUUGGGGUAUUUUAUCACUUUUAACGGGAGUUCUAGUGGACGUAAUUAGCAGGGAUAAUGCUACUACAGAUUACUCCAUUUGUUUCUAUUUGUCCACUGCAUUUUUGUUGUUGGAUUUUAUUGCAUCCACUCAAUUAAAGUAUACACAAACAAAGCUGUCGACAAACAUCAUAAAAGAUAUCGGAAAACUACUCUUGAACAUCCGCAUCAUCGUAUUCUUAGUAUGGUGUAUAUGUGUCGGUAUGUGUACCGGCCUGAUUUGGCAAUUCUUACUCUGGCUGGUCGAGGACUUGGCAAACGCACGUGGCGAAACACGAAUUAAAACUCUACAGGGCGUAAUUAUGGGUGUACAAUGCUUAGGGGGCGAACUGCCUUUCUUUUUCCUGUCUGGAAAGAUAUUAAAGAAAAUCGGCCAUAUAAACGCCAUGACUUUAGUGCUGUUCGGAUUAGGCAUUAGAUUUAUACUGUACUCGGUUAUAGUGAAUCCAUGGUGGUUUAUUCCGAUAGAGUUUAGCAACGGGUUGACUUUUGGGAUAUUUUACGCAUGUAUGGCUUCGUAUGCGAGUAUUGCUGCACCCACUGGAACUGAGGCUACUAUGCAGGGUUUAGUAGGAGCAGUCUUUGAAGGUGUAGGAGUAUCAUUAGGCAGUUUAUUAGCCGGUUGGGCCAUGAGCAACGUGUCGGGAGCGAUGACAUUUAGAUUCUUUGGUUUAGGCGCAUUAGCAGCGGCUGGAAUCCACAUAAUCGUUCAGAUAUUGCUCAGGACAUCGGGAAGGCAAGAUGCUUCCCCGGUGGUGGAACGUAAAAAUUCUUUUGAAAAGGUCCGCCUCGAAGAUCAACAGGAAUUAACCAUCGCAGAACCACUUAUAUUAAGAUAAUAUUUGUAACAUGGAAAUUAGCGUGAGUUUUUGAAGGUUUCCAAAAUAACUUAUUUAGAAAAUACUUAAUGGGGGGUGCAGAAGGUUUCGGCUGAUGAAAACGGCUAAUUAGGGUAGAGGCAGUUUCGUUCAUCAAGUUAUCAUUGGUGUAGGCUUAAACGCGGUUGAAACUGCACCAAAAUUUUGACUUUUUGAAGUAAUUUAAAGUUUGGCACACCGGAAAGUAUUAAUAUUUCUUGUGGAUUACCUUAUUGGGCUAUUAAAAUAUGGGAAAAAAAUAUUUUACUAUAAAUGUUCACGUAUUUGGAUUGCGAAAAAAGACGGUCUAGUGCUAAAGCUUUUUGCUCGCAGCAACAUUUUAACAUUAAAAAAAAACUAGUAUUUACCGUACUAGAUGAUUUUCCUUUUGUAAUCCAAAUACUAUUAGGUCAAUUAUUAUUUGCUCUCGAAAUAGAAAAUAGUUUGGUAGUAGCAUUUUCGUAGUUAUGUAGACCAUAGGUGAGAAAUUUUGCAUUGGUUAUUUAUACAGGAUUAUUGAUCUAUAGAAAAAAAUAUUCACGACAUACAACAUUUUAAGACACACUUAACAGCACUUUAACUAAAGGCAGUGCAAAAUAUGGCUAGUGUUUUAAUUUAAUUAAGGAAGAACAACCAUGUUCAUAAGUAAUAUAUUUACCCUCUCCAAAUUCAGAGGUUCUCUUUCAAGUUGAUUUAAAAACAUAUAAGACUCAAUUUUUGUAAGUCUGGGCAGUUUAUGUGAUGAACAAUUAAUAAAAUAUCACGGACUUUAAUAAACAACAAAUACGCAAUCAAAUUAGAAAAUACCAAGAUGCCACUUAUCUAUGUGAAACUAUAAUUAAUUUUCUUAAUUGCAUAGUUUUUCAAAAACUUCUUAAUCACCUUACAGCACCUUUACCGAUUAGCUUUUUGGAUCCUACAAUACUACACUUGCACAUAAAUAGCAAAAAUUACGAAUUGUGUUUAAAUAUUUUCAUACAAACGUUCUAAGAAAUUACAGUUCACUAUUUGAAUCGAAGGGAUUAAAUAAAAGGCAAAAAAUCAUAUUUUUUUAUUUUAUAACACAUUUUUUACACAAUAUAGGCUUCUUUGUAAUAAUAAACUUAUUAUAUUAAAAUGUACUAUAUAAACCUGAUUAUAAAUUAAUCUAGUUCGCAUAAAAGCAUUAAGAAAUGAAAAAUAUGUAGAAAUACCCUACUUACCUUUACUACUGUGAACUAAAUAAUAUCACUGCAAGCAAACUUGAAAAAGCCACUGCCUUUGUUUAGUGUUCUUAAUUGUUCUAAAACAAUAAUUUUAAUUGCUCUUUUGUUUUAUGAUGGCUAGAUAAGAUUUAGAUUAGAGUACCUAAUUACAGUUGUAUUAACGUAGAUUAUUACUGUUAUUAAUAUGAAUGCUUGACCUUAAAGAUAAUUUAUACCUUCAUGUGACAUACACAGAUCGUAAAAUUUUGCGUACUGUAAUCUAGUUUAAAAAACAGCAGUUUCGAUGUAAAAAAUCACCUAAACCUGUAAAAAUAGUCUUAAGGUUAAUACAGUUGGGUUCAUGCUUUGACUUUUUGCAUACACUUUUUUCGGAUUAACUCAAAAUUGUGGGUUACCCCAACUAGAGAUUAAAAUGGGAUACCCAUAACUAACAAAACAGUCACAGUUAAUUUUAAACCAAAAGAUUCCUAAUCCUGUUUACCGUUUUUGCACUGCUUUUAGGUUUUAAAGUAAGUUAUCUUAUUAUGACAUUUACAAUCAUAAUUUAUAUGGUUUAAGUAAGAUGCGUGAACAGGUCUUUUAAAUUUCUAAUUUUCAUUUUACCUCUUUUAUUUAGUUUUAGAGAUUAAUUGGCUGUGGUCAAGUCAUAAUAUUGUCUAAGCAUUUUAAGUAUUGUUCUUAGUUGGCACUCUUUCUGAAAGGAAAACUUUUAAAAGGCAUUGUAUACUGAAAAAUAACAAGGCGAGCCAGUUUAAUCUUUUAUUUAAUAAAUAAAAAUUAUAUUUUCAAAUUUGAGAAACUUUUUCGUUGCCUUGUAAAAUACUUUUUUUAAAAAAUUGAAAGUAAUUAAAAUGACUCGCCUUGUAGAGGGACUAGAAUAAGUUUUAAUGAAUGUUUAAGAAAUUGUUCUGUUAUUUAUAUUUAUUUAAAUUUUUGUUUUUAGGGCCAAUUUACCUGGCCAUUUUCCUACUGUUUGUGAUAGUCUGUUUAAAAUAAUUUUUGGUUGGUUUUUACAAAAUUUUGCAAUAAACACAUUUUAAGCAAA